AUGCCACAGGUUCCAUCAACAAGAUGGUGUCCAACACCAGAGCAACUAAUGAUACUUGAAGAAAUGUACAGAACUGGAGUAAGGACUCCAAAUGCUUCUCAGAUUCAGCAAAUCACUUCACAUCUCUCUUACUAUGGCAAAAUAGAAGGCAAGAAUGUCUUCUACUGGUUUCAGAACCACAAAGCUAGAGAGAGACAGAAACUUAGGAGAAGGCUUACCAAGCAGCAGCAGCAACAGUCUAUGCCGCCAUUUUCUCAAAAUUCUUUCCACUUUCAUAACUUGGAGGAUGGUCAUUCUCUUCCUCUUCCUGAUGAUUCUUCUCAGUUGUUCUAUGGACACCAGAUGCAUCCUCAGUUUCUUCAACAUGAAGGAGGAUUUCAGGAGCCAGCAUCGCAUGGACUGGAUUUGCUGAGGAGGCUUGAGGCCGGCGGCCACCAAGAGGAGGCUACUUCCUCAUCAAAUGGCAGCACGUGGCCGUGUGGUUGCGAGUGGAUGACAUUGAUGGAUCCAAGCUUUGGGGAACGGCCGCUGCCAUGCUGCAAACCUCCAAAGACCUUGGAGCUCUUCCCAACAACUAGCACUGGGGGGCUCAAAGAUGAGUGUAGCAUCUCUAAGUCCUCCUCAUGCUCGGCUUCAACCAACUGA